GAAUUGACACCAAUAAAAAGUGUAGGUAGAUUGUGAGGAUCUUCUGCUUCAUAAACAUCAAUUCUGUAAUCCACGAGCCCUCUCCAUUCAGCAAUAACUAUUUAUUGUUAAUGUUACUCAAGCAAAACACUUGUUAGAAAACACGGUAGAGACACAGCUUGCCUUGUUUGUAUGGAGUUCCAGCCACAAGUAGUUUUGUCAAUGAAGACGAUUUAAGCACCAUGUUACCUCAGGCAGGCUAUAGUAAACUGCAGACGGUCAAUUAACAUGAAAGUGGACAGAAUUUGAACUGAAAUAUUUUGUUCUGGAACUUUUUAUUUUUUUAAAUUCUUUUAUUUUUUAAAUUUCAUGAUGGAAAAAUGAAUUUAAUAUUUAGUGGAAUUCCUAAUUACGUGAGUGACUGUACUUUUAUUAAGAGUUUUUAACUGCAGAUUUAUUUUUUGACAUAGUGAACUUUAAAAGAAGAAUUCUUGCGUUUUUUAUCCAAUAUGUGAUAAUUAUAAAAGUGAUUGCAUAAUUAAUGAAAUUGGGAAGGAACUGAAUAAGACUCCAAAAAUGGGGACCUGCUGGAGGACUUUUCCUGGUGGAUUUUUUCAAAAUGGAUUUAUUCAGUCGAUACUCUUACAAAUGAUGGUGAUAUAUUCCAUUCUUGUGAUUUCAGAAGAAUUGCAUAGCCAUGGUGUAUCAGACUUUGAAAUUGUUCAUCCAUUCAUAUCAGACACUUCAGGAAACCCUGUCUCACAUGAUAAUUUCCAUGGCAACAGAUUCAAGCGAGACUCCUCAAGAAGAAACAUAUUAUACCUCAAUAUCACAGGUCAAGGUCAUACAUUUGAAAUUCAAUUGACUGAAAAUGAUAACCUUUUGGCUCCAGGAUUUAAAGUAUAUCACAGGAAAAAGAGCAGACUAUCCGGGAAAGUCAUGGAAACCGAAGAAGCUGCCAGUGAUCAUCUUCAAACUGCGAGUUGUCACUACUCGGGAAAUGUGCAUUCUCAUGGAGGAAAAGCGGCUUUGUCAAUUUGUGAUGGUUUGAAUGGUAUUAUAAGAAUAGCAGAAGAGGACUACAUCAUAGAGCCAUACAAACAGCACAGAGUCAGACCUACAUUUGAUCACCUCUCAGGCCCACACAAACUUUACAGAAGGUCCACACUCAACACCAGACAGACACAAUACUGUGGAAAAUCUGCCCGAGAUAAAAGAAGCACAUCCUUAGUCAAUAGUGAUAGUGACUUCAAAGUAUCGGAGACAACUCUGACAAAAAAAGAGGAUGAUGAACCGCUGUGGAAAAAGUACCAGAGGGCUAUCACAGAGCACGAGGAGCGGACUGUGGAAACGUUGGUGGUGGUAGACAAGACAAUGUACUACAAACACGGCAAAGAGAACAUCACCACAUUCACUCUCACUCUGUUUAAUAUGGUUUCUGAAUUGUUCACCGAUCCUAGUCUGGGAGACAACUUGAAUAUUGUACUCGUGGGGCUCAUUGUAUUGGAGGGGGAUGAGCCUGGCUUGUCGAUAGGAUACCAUGCGGACAAUACCCUGAACAGCUUCUGCUCAUGGCAAUCUGUCUUAGUGGGAGCCAGUGGCCGACAACAUGACCACGCCAUACUGCUGACAGGGCUGGACCUGUGCUCCUACAAAAAUGCUCCCUGUGAUACACUAGGGUUUGCUCCAAUAGAGGGUAUGUGCAAUAGAAUCCGAAGUUGUACAAUCAAUGAGGACACCGGACUUUCAACAGCAUUCACAAUAGCCCAUGAAAUGGGUCACAAUUUUGGAAUGUUUCAUGAUGGAGAGGGAAACCGCUGCACGAAAACAACUGGAACACUGAUGUCUCCCACCCUGGUCAGCAAAGAUGGUCAGUUCCAUUGGUCACUCUGCAGUAAAACCUACCUGAUGAAAUUUAUGAAUACUCCACAAUCAGAAUGUCUGACAGACAAACCUACGAAGGUGACCGAGCUCCAGUUUCCUGUCAAAUUGCCUGGGGAGCUAUACGAUGCAGACAUUCAGUGUAAAUGGCAGUUUGGGAGGCGAGCCCAACUCUGUACAUAUGACUUUGGUAAAGAUAUUUGUAAGUCAUUGUGGUGUUAUAGAGGGAAGAAGAGAUGUGAGACUAAGUUCCUACCAGCAGCAGAAGGGACCUCUUGUGGUUAUGGAAAGUGGUGUAGGAGGGGAGAAUGUGUGGAGUUUGGUCAGGAUGGACCCUCCCCGAUUGAUGGAAGCUGGUCCCAGUGGACACACUGGACAGACUGUAGUCGGACGUGUGGAGGAGGGGUCACUAUGAGAGAAAGGCAGUGUAAUAAACCCCUACCACAAUAUGGAGGGAAAAAUUGUGAUGGAGAAGCAAAGGUUCAUAAACUGUGCAAUUCGGAGCCUUGUUCAGAAGGGGAUGAAGAUUUUCACAAUAAACAAUGCCAAACCUACAAUGUCAAGCCCUUCAGAGGCUGGCUGUUAGAUUGGAGGCCAAACCAAAAGCUUUAUAAUGCGCAAGAGCCAUGUACUUUAUAUUGUUUAGCAGAGACCAGCAGCUAUGUAUUUACCAUAAAACACACAGCCACAGAUGGAACGAAAUGUAUGAGAAAUAAAGACAUCUGUGUGGAGGGCACCUGCAAACCAAUUGGAUGUGAUAUGAUUGUCGGGUCAACAGCAGAAAAUGAUGUAUGUGGAGUGUGUAAGGGGGAUAACUCUUCCUGUAGAAUCAUUCAGGGAGAAUAUGUUGAGCAGCCAAAACUUAACACUUACUUCCCAGUGGCCAUAAUACCAAAAACAGCCAGAUCAAUUAAAAUUGUUGAGAAGAAUCUCUCAUCAAACUAUCUGGCGAUCCGUGACAUUUUUGGCAAUUACUACCUGAAUGGCCGACAGCGAGUGGCUUGGCCAGGGGAGUACUUGCUUGGGGGAGCAAAGUUUAUCUACAACAGACCCUACAAUGAACCAGAAACUCUGGAAAGCAUUGGACCAUUGAAAGAAGACUUAGUUUUAGAGAUACUUGUACAGGAUAAGAACCCAGGAGUACAGUAUAGAUAUGCCAUACCACAGCUGAUUUCUCAGCUCAGAAGCCACACCCCAGUAGACAAUUUUACCUGGAGUGUGUUUGAAUCUGCAUGCACUGAGCCCUGUGCUGGAGGUAAAAAGAGUGUUGCUGUCAAAUGUAUGAAAAACCUUCAACAGGAAGUAAAUGAGUCCCUGUGUAACCAAACCAAGAAGCCUGACACGGGACUAAUUCCCUGUAACGAGAAACCAUGUCCCCCAAGAUGGGUGCCAGGCGAGUGGAAUUCUUGUUCCAAGACGUGUGGCAGGGGAAAACAGAGGAGGAAAAUCUUUUGUCGACAAAGAGUAUCUAAGACUAUUGAUAAAAAAAUUAAAAAGUCGAACUGUAAGAUUUUGCCUAAACCUGUGCGAACCAGGAGAUGCAACAUGCAGGACUGUCCACCUGUCUGGAGGAUUGGGAAGUGGCACAAGUGUUCUGUCAGUUGUGGCACGGGCACCCAAGCCAGGAAAGUGUUUUGUAAAAGCAAAGGAAAGAAGGCCAAAAAGCAUCCCGACCACAUGUGUAGUGGACCUAAACCUCCCAUUGUCCGUCCCUGUAAGCGGUCACUGUGUCCACAAGACUCAAAUUUUGAGUGGCACUUAUCACCAUGGGGACCUUGUUCCCAGACUUGUGGUUCAGGAGUGAGACAGAGAUACUUGGUGUGUAAAAGAGUUGAUUAUCGUGGAAACACUAUCGCCACUAGAGAUAAAUAUUGCAAGAAGUCUGCUCGUCCCAAAGUACCCACGGAGGAGUCCUGUAAACUGAUGGUCUGUUCUCACAAAGUCGUCCACCGACCAAAGUGGAAGGUCUCGCCCUGGUCACAGUGUUCUGCAUCUUGUGGAGAGGGUCAGAAGAGUCGAGAUAUAAAGUGUGUGGAUGAUACUGGCCAGCAAACACUAGGAUGUGACCUUGUUAAACGUCCCACUACCUCACAGCUGUGUAGCAAUGGAGCUUGUCCUGCUAAUAGCAGCGACACAGACUGCUUCGACAGGUACACGUGGUGCCAUCUUGUUCCUGAGCAUAAAGUUUGUGACCAUGAAUUCUAUGGUUCUCACUGUUGUUUAUCAUGCAAAACGCACCGGUGACCGCCGCUGCCGAAGGAACGUGCGACGAAGCAUCCUACUGUGAUAAAACCUGUCCGUAUAUUGUUCCCACGGUGACCAGAGUUUUCUUCAACAAGGAAGUUAUUCCAGAAACUGCAAAGUGAAUCACGGUUUUUAUUACAGUUCAGAUGUUUUUUUCAUUAAUGGAAGUUGUAGAUAAUCUUCUGUUGUGGAUAACUGGAAAUAGUGAGUGCAAAUGGAAUGUGAUGACAAGAAAGACAAUCGUGUUAUACAUUUUACUGUUGUAUUUCCUGGUGCCAGUGGAGGUUAUAAAUACAUGAAUUAGACCACUGUAAUGUAUUUCAAAGAUUAUGUGAUGCAUAAGCAUUCCACAAGUACAGUUAUUCAGCAAUACAUGCGUAUACUAAGUUCUUCCAUGCAAUUUUGCCAGCCAUUCAUCAAGACUUUGCAAUAAAUAUCCUCAAUUAUACAACAGAUCCAUGUAAUUCCAAUCCAGAAGUUUUAUGAGUUAUUCCAUUGCUGUCAUUCCCUCUUCAUUUCUACAGAUCAUUCCAUAUUGUCUAACAACACACGAUUUAUUUAUAUUCUUGAUUAUACUAAAUAUACAUAUCAUAGCUAUUUUUUGUGAAGAUUUCUUUACCAGAUUGUCCAUUGUUACAGCUCUUAACUGUACAUAGCAGUUUUCUUACAUCAGUGUCAAAUUUUGUACAUGUAUAUGUGUUUUGGCAUUUUGAAAAAGAAGUCAUGACAUGUGUAUUGUCAUCUUUCAUUUUACAAGGAUUUGUUAUUAAACUGUUGAAUUGUGAGUGCUUUAAAUUUGAAUAAUGCAGCAUUAUAUUACAUGGUCCUGUUAAGUUUUGUGUAUACAGUGAUUUUAUUUAUUUGUAUUGGGCUAGAUGAACUGUACGUUUAUGUACAAUGAUAGGCCCCCUACUUUGUUUUUGAUUCUUACAUUUUGUAUUUGCAUUUUGCAGUUCAAUUUAUUCCAAGUAUAUUCUUUUUAUUCCAUAAUGAACACACACUAUGUAGAGCUGCAUAUACCUUUAAAACUCAAAUUUGAAAAUUUACCUGCGUAACCUGAAUUUUUCUUUCAUAACUUAGCUAUGGUAAAAUAAUUUUACAGGGCAUGCAUAUUGUAUAUGUAAUAAUGAGAAUAUUGAUAAUGAUAUCAAUACAAAUAUGUUGAAUAAAUCCCCAUCAUUUGUUGGGUGUUUUGAUUGGCAUUUGAAAGAAAUAUUCAGCAUUCAUGUGUUUGUAAUUUUAAAAAGACUACAUGUACGUAUUCUGUCCUGACAAUGAAUGUCAGUAUCCCCUGUUACAAGCAGAGCAUCAGAGAUGCUUUAUUCAGAAUUGUUAUGUUUUAUGCAUGUAUUAUGUAUUUUGAUCUCACUUUAUGAACAUUUUAAAGAUUUUGAAAUGUGAAUAAACCAGCUUUAUUGCU